ACACGAAUUGAAGAAACGUGCUAAUUUAGACUGCUAUGCGGGUUCUAUGGCGCGCAAUUUAAAUUUCUUCUAAAAAAUAACGGACUUUAGUAGCAAUGUUACCUAAACGACGACGCUUGCCAACGUACUUCGGAUAUGAAUACUGAAUUUCGACUAGUAGCUAAUCAGGUCUUCUUGCCGUCUGACAUGACGCUCACUGGGGAAAUUUUUCUUCAGCACGCCAGAAAAACUCGGGCUAAUGCCAUCAGCCUUCGGAAGGAGAUAGCCAAUUACUUUAAUCGCCAGCUAUGCCAGGUUUUCGAUAGCGAUAACGACACGGAAACAGUGACGUCGACUGCUGUUAAGCAAUUGAGACAAGUAACCGAAAAUCCUAAGGAUCCUAGCGAGGUCUUGCCAACACCUAACCAGUCAAUCUCUGUAGAUCGACGACAUCCUGGAUUAUGCAAUUUGCAAAGACACUCAAUAGAAGGCAUUUCGCAAUUUGCCUCAGUCCGUUUACUGAGGCAUCAGGGAGCGGUGCCACGUCGUUCGGUACCACGCUCAACGCAUUUGUUUACUCCAGCGUCUCCAGUUUCUAAACCUCUACGGCGCAGCGAACAAGACGCUUCUCUUUCGGACCCAUUGGCAACCAAAUAUGUGCAAUGAUCUGUCUAUCAGCCGGUAUAACACUGAGGAAGGCCAAUGAAGGUAUUAUUGCCAAGUAACCACCUGGGUCCGAAACGUAAACGACGACCGCCUUCGGAUAAGUAUAUUUAUAAAGAAAAGUCACCGAGCAAUCGCAAAAUUUUGCUGACGCCUGAUAAAAUGAUUAAGCUGAAGAAUUGAUCAAAUUGAGGUAUUUAUAGCGCAGCUAUAGUUUGCGAUAGAAUUUGAAGGAAAGCGUGAAGAAGGCCUUGGCAAACGAGUUAUGACGAGUCAUUCGGGACGUGGUA